UCCCAGCUGAUACCUCCGAGUGUUUUCCCGAUGACUUCCUUUAUCUCAGACUGGAUUUGGAGUGAGAGAUUUUGGCUUCCCGAAAAUGUUACAUGGGCGGACCUGGAGCGUCCACCACCUGGUGUGGAGUAUCCCCGGUUGGGAGACAUGUGGUACGCCUUCCCCCUGGCUGUCGGAGUUUUUCUUCUAAGGCAACUUUUUGAAAGGCUAGUGGCCAAGCCCUGUGCCCGCAUACUUCAGAUUCAGGCGGGAGUGCCUCGGCGAGCUCAGCCCAAUGAUGUCCUGGAGAGAGUGUAUAGGUCCAAACCGAGUCCAGACACGAGGCAACUGGAGGGACUCUCCAAACAGCUGGACUGGGAUAUACGGAAAAUUCAGAGGUGGUUUCGUGUCCGUCGGAAUCAAGACAGGCCCAGUAUGCAGAAAAAGUUCUGCGAGAGCAUGUGGCGAUUCACAUUUUACCUGGGGAUUUUUAUCUAUGCCAUUCGCCAUUUGUGGGUGUCGCCUUGGAUGUGGGACACCAGAGUGUGCUGGCACAACUAUCCUUUUCAGCCUCUAAGCCCCGGACAGUACAACUACUAUGUAGCUGAGCUGGCUUUCUAUUGGUCUCUGAUGUUUUCCCAGUUCACAGACAUUAAACGUAAGGAUUUCAUGAUUAUGCUUGUCCACCACUUGGCCACCAUAAUGCUCAUCACAUUCUCCUAUGGCAACAACAUGCUAAGAGCUGGCACUUUGGUCAUGUCUGUGCACGACGCAUCUGAUAUCUUCCUUGAGGCUGCCAAAUUGGCCAACUAUGCCAAGUACCAGAGGCUGUGUGAUGGCCUGUUUGUGGUGUUCAGCAUGGUCUUCUUCCUCACUCGACUUGUCAUCUAUCCUUUCUGGAUUGUUAACAGUGUUCUGUUUGAGAGCUGGGAGAUCGUUGGGCCGUACCGGGCCUGGUGGCUGCUCAAUGGUUUGCUGUUGGUGUUGCAAGCUCUUCACGUCAUCUGGUUCUACCUCAUCUCUCAAAUCGCUAUCAAAGCAAUAUUCAAGGGAAAGGUGUCAAAAGAUGAGCGCAGUGACAUCGAGAGCAGCUCAGAAGAGGAAAUUCAUUCAAAUGGCAGUAAAAGUCCUGCUCAGACCCUUAAACCAAAGGACAGCAGUCACACUGGUAAUCUUAACGGAGAAACUCAUACCCACUGAGUACCAUGAGGGAAGAUUUACCUCCCAGUGUGACUUUUAUUCACCUGUGUGCCUGUGUGGCCCACCUUGUCACUUUAACCCUCUGAGAAGACUUUAAGGUUUGACGAGAUUUGCUGAGUUCUUCAAAUGAAGAGAGGAGUUUGGUACAGGGGAAGUCCAUGUGUGGAAUACAGACUUGGCAUUGUCUUACUGAGUCAGGUUUACACUGUGUGAGGUUUACACCUGUUUUUUGCUUACGGAUUAGACAGAGAGGUUUGUGUGUGUGUGUGGUCUGUCUGCACCUCGCUGUGUAUGUGUGUGUGCGUGUGUGUGUUUGUAUGGGAGUUCUCAAAGUUAGAAAUUAGAAGUGCAUAGCAGUUCAUGUCUACACUGCUACUGUCAAAACUCAUUUUAUACAUAUGAAUAGAGUUUAUUAGUGAAAUUGGUAAUAUAUUAUAUACAGCUGUAAAACAAAUCACUGUAUCUGCCUUACUGAUAUUGCCAAUAUCUCUUGAAAUACCAAAAAUAAAAAAAAAAGUAUUUAA